UUUUCAUAAGAAAAAAAUGGAACCUCAUGAAGAUGCCAAAGAUGAAAAAAAGGCCAACAAAGUUUUAAAAACAUUAUUUGUAUCUCUUGUAAUCGAUUUAUUAGGUUUUACUGUAAUUCUUCCCCUUUUUCCUUCACUUAUGGAGUUCUACAAAACAAAUGAUAAAGGCUCACUAUAUUCUACAAUGGAGGCAACCGUUUCUGCUUUCAGAAAAACAAUUGGUGUACCAGAAACUGAGGAUGUGAAUUCUGUAUUAUUUGGGGGCCUUAUUGGCUCUUUAUUUUCAUUUCUUCAGUUUUUAAACUCGCCAGUAUUUGGAGCAAUUUCAGACGUAUAUGGUCGAAAACCUAUGAUCAUUAUUUCCCUCACAGGGUCCGUAAUAUCUUACUUGAUUUGGAUGAUGUCUGACAGCUUUCUGCUCUUCCUUGUUGCACGCAUCAUUGCAGGGAUCAGUGAGGCGAAUGUGAGCAUCAGCACUGCCGCCAUUGCCGAUCUACCAUCAGCAAAAUUGAGAUCAAGAGGAAUGGCGGCCGUUGGAAUUGCAUUUUCUAUUGGUUUUGUUGUUGGUCCUUUGAUAGGAGUUAUUUUUAGCAAAUACUUCUCAAACCAUGGCAUGUUUUUUGUUGGACCUGCUGCUUUUGGUGUGGUCAUUACAGUUUUUGAUAUUUUCUAUGUGUUAAAAUGCUUGCCAGAGACGCUACACCCUUCGAAACGUGCAAAGUCUAUUAUUUCAAGUUUUCCAGAGUUUUUGCAUUUACUUAACCCCUUUGCACUUUUUAAAUUUUCCGCCGUGAAAUCAGUCACAAACACGAAAAAAUCUUCUACCUUGAAAAGUUUAGGCAUGGUUUACUUUUUGUACUUGUUUUUAUUUUCUGGCCUUGAGUUUACCUUGACAUUUCUUGCACACAAGCGCUUUGGAUUUACAAGAAUGGACCAAGGAAAGAUGUUCGCCCUACUUGGCUUUACAAUGGCUGUAGUUCAGGGUGGUUAUGUAAGACGGAAGAUGCUGGGAAGAGAAAGAAAACUCGCAGCAAGCGGAAUUGUAUUUCUAAUUGCUGGUUUUAUCAUUGUUGGGUUUUCGUGGUCUCCUACAGUACUCUAUGCUGGUCUUCUGCUUUUUGCCAUUGCUGCUGCCACAGUGAUCCCAUGUUUGUCAUCUCUAACUGCUUCCCAUGGUCUUGUAUCGGAAAAAGGCAGAGUGAUGGGUAUUUUGCGGUCACUUGGCGCUCUUGCCAGAGCUAUCGGUCCCAUGCUCGCAUCAGCGUCAUAUUGGCUACUUGGUGCUAAGAUAACUUACAUAGGUGGAGGAGUGCUCUUACUAGUCCCUCUGAAACUUUUACUUUCCAUAAAACCAGAACUUGAAAGCAGUGACAGUGAAGCCAAGACAAAGUAGUUCAUUUAACUUUCUAUGUAAUGAAAUUUGAAUUUUGUGUUUAAAUAUUCACACUAUAAUAUAUAUCACGUGUAGCACAUAGAGUUAAAACAUUUUUAAAAUGUUUUUUUCUUUAAACAAUGAAGCGCACCACCAACAUACUAUAUGCUUAUUGCAGUCGUUUAUAUGCCCAUUUCUACUCCUAUUUUUAGUACAAAAGCAUUUUUGCUGGAUUCUCAGUAAUUGUUAGUACUUUUACAGUUAAAUACUCGUAUAUAACUAUAUUUAUGCAAAUACACUUCCACCAUACCUAGUCAUAGACGUAGUGUAGUAAACAAUAUAUAUACAGGUAGUUUUUUUUAUAUUUUGUUGGAAUGAUGUAAUCAGAUAGUUUUUUUUAUCCCAGAUUUUAUUUGUGAUCAUUUUUUGUAUCCAGAUAUUAUUUGUGCCAUUGUAAGCGUGUUUUGGGGAAAACUAAACAUUUGUGUAGAAACUUUUUUAAGAAUUUUUAUUAUAAUGAUGUUUUUUAAAGACAAUCAGACUGAAUUGUGCAUGUGAUUUUUAAAGUUUAGCAGUUUUAUAUAAUAUAUAUUUUUUACAAGCAAACGUGCAGUAAUCAGCCCUGGACAAAAACUGUAUCUUACAGUCACUAUUUAUUAAUUAUUUACACUCUUAGAUAAAAACAUUUUCAAAGUGGUAACUGGUUUUAAAGAUUUGUAUGAAUUUAAACGGUACAAAACAGCUGAAUUAUAUUUGUUGUCGUUUAUGUUUAGUUAAUGAAGACAUGAAGUAUUAAGUCGUACUUGUACCUAAAACUAUUAAUAUAAAAUAUGCUAAAACAAGCUGUAGAAAUUUGAUGCACUGAAUUUUAUGAAUUCUAAACAUUUGCCUUCAUUAGCUAUUGCUUCUUGUGCUUUUACUCCAAAGCAAUAAUACCUUUUGUGUUGCAAGACCAAUAUUUUCAAUGUAUUUUAAUUACUGUACUACGUAGGAUUUUUGUUUAUCUAUGCAUAUAUCAUGAAACACACGCCAUAGAUUGUGAACUAACCUUGUGUUUGGAUGUGUAG